ACUCUACUUUUCGCACCUGCGGACGUACCAUAAAAUCGUUGCGAACCGAAGAAACCGCCAAACAUUAUCGAUAAUGCCGCAUUCCAAGCACCUGUGGGCGGUGAUUGGACUCCUCCACUUGCUGACCUUUGCCACCAGCGCCGAGGACCAGCUGAAAAACAGCACGAUAGUGGUGCAAACCCCGCUCCAAAACUACGAACAGCCCACUCUUCGGGACUAUGAGGAGUGUCAGGCGAACAGGGACAACUGCCUAAGUGUCUGCGAUGGCAGACAGGACUGCGAGGAUGAGUGUCCUGUGUGCCCGGAACUCUACGAAAAACCCCUGAUGGUCCAGGGCGUUAACGAUACGGAUUUGGUGGCACCUCCCCAAGCGCCCAUUAACACCACCAACAUUAUUCGCCUCACCAACGAGAUCAACAAUAUAAUCGAGCACCAAAUCCUGAACCGAAACGAGGUCAAUGUCCAGGUGCAGCAGAAUGUCUCCCAGGUGGGAGGACGUUUUGGACUGGGCUACAGUGAGCAGGGAUCCUGCUGCUAUGUGGUGCGAUACGAAAGGGAGUGUGAAGCAGCGGAUGGUCAUAGCUGCAAGGAGAAAAGCCGCCAGAGGGUUUGUGGCGAAAGGUGCCAGGCCAGAGUGAUGUUGGUCAAGAGAGUGGUCCAAUGCGAUGACGAAAAUACAAACGAGUGCAAGGAGACCCUCGAAUAUGUGCCAAGGAGGAGGAGACACCAUUCCAGAAAAUCCACCCGAUCCACGGAGUGUCAAUACUUGGGAAACACCUGGCCCUAUUUUACUUGCGGCCAAAAUCCAGGACAAAAUGGAGCCUUGAUUCAGCCACCGAGGGUGAAGCGUUCCACCUGCCAGCAGUGUCUCAAUUAUCCCUAUGGAUAUAUCCUGCAAAACGGUCUGCCCGCCCAGUGUGCCGGUUGUUUCCAGGGCUUUGGAGCGCCCAUGAUGCCCAUGUAUAGCUCUCCCUACAUGUACAACCCAUUUAUGGGAUAUCCACAGUUUGGCAACUAUCCACAAAUGAAUAAUAAUGGAAAUAAUAACGGAAAUAACAAUGCAAAUACUAAUGUAGAUAGCAACAUUGCAGGCUCAGGCGACGAUGGUUGGAUUUUAUGCGACGAUGAUAAUAUCGAAAAUUGCCUAAACAACAAGGAUACCAAGAGCUCUCAGCAGGGACCCCCUGCUCAUCUGGAACAGCAAACGGAAAAGGAUUUUGAUUACGAUUCGGCCGAGAACAACGUUGAAGUCAUGCGGAGAAGACGUCGUCAUAACCGUCGCAACUUUGUGCGAUCCUCUUACAGUAAACGCCAUCGCGAGGACUAAUCAUCUAUUCCAAAUUCAACCACAAACUCUUGAGAUUUUCCGCAAACCUUUUGCCACAAUAUCUAAUAGUUUUUUUGGUGAACCAAAACAUAAAGGAUAAUUUAUAUAAAACUACUACUAAACUCGCCAUUUGUAUAUAAUAAUUUACCGAAUAAAGGAUUUCUUCAAAGCCCUAA